UUUUCCGUCUAUCGAAGUGCUCAGGCAGGCCUAGAUACUUUCCCACUCCGCCUUCUCUAGAGAUUUCCAAGCUGUUCUUGACCCUGAUACGGAAUGACUAUAUUUUUCUUAACUUUGAAAACAAAUUAUUUUUUAUACCUGGAUUUAAAUAUUACAAUAUUUAGACAAAUAUAUGAAAUCGGGAUAGGGAUAUACUCAAGUCACAGACUACACCAGUAUCCUAGCUACCUUACAGAUCCAUAAUUUGACCCGACCCGCCAAGAAAACACGACUCAGGAAAUUUACAAUUCUUUUCCGAGAAAUUAUAUAAAUAAAAAUCAAAACUUUCUUGCCGGGCAAGUUGGGUCUUCCUUUAGAAAAGGGCUAAAAGCCUAAAAGCUAAAACACCUCUUAUAUGAUUCUCUCAUGAGCAGCAAAAGCAGCAACUCGAGGACUCUGUUGCAACAGGGCAUGGUGUUUCCUUUAGUGAAGCUAGGAUCCCUAGCGCUACGAACCAUCUGCAAACCCAUCGCUAACCGCCUCAAGAAACAAGCCGGAAUCAACCCUGGGUUCCGUCAAUUCAUCGUCAACAUUGCCCAGGCUAAUCAUAGGUUUACGACAAAGUUGCAAAGACAGGCUUCUGGUCGUGUAACUGAUGCGAUUAUUAGGCCUUUGAACGAAGAGAGAGCUGUUCAGGCCGCUGCUGAUCUUCUUGGGGAAAUCUUUGCCUUCACGGUUGCAGGGGCUGCUCUUGUCUAUGAGGUGCAGAGAAACGCCAGAGGAGAAGCUAGAAAAGAAGAAAAGCGCCAAGAAGAACUACAGGAAUUCAGGCUCAGACAUAAGAAGAUGGAGAACGAAGUGGAAGAGAUGAAUCAAAGGAUCUCCAUGAUCUCUGAAGCUCUUUCUAAACAACAACUCGCUGAAGAAGAAGCUCUUUCUAAACAAAAAGCUCUCGCUGCGCAAGAGCUUUCUAAACAAAGAAAGCCUGCAGAAGAUGUUUCUAAACCAAGAGGACUCGCUUGGCUCUACAGCUUUGUUUAUUGUGGGAGUGCUCCUGGGAAGGAGAGCUAAAGAUAGAAAAAGCUUUGGCUCUUAGAGCUUUGCUUGUAAUAUAGUUUCUGUCUUAGUUUCUGAUAUAACCAGAUUAGUUAAUUGCAGAAGAGAAGAGACGUGUGUUUUGUUCAGGCUUCCAACAACUAUUUCAUAAACCCAAAUUCUUAGUCCAGAAGAUGUCCUUGAUUAUGACUUGUUCAAUAACUUUUUUUCUCACUAUGAAGACCUUAAUAUACAACUCAAUAUCAAAAUUGUUGUAUAUUUUUCUUUUAUUUAUUUUUUAAAAAGGAGUUAUUGGUUUAUUGAUUUCAAUAGGCUUGGUUUAUAAAUUUGUUACUGAUUUCAAAUCAAUAUUAAAAUCAUUUGUUACUGCUUUUAUGAUUUAUAAAUUUCUAGCUCAAUUUGUGUUAUUCAAUCGUAGACAAGCUUAUUGAACCAUCUUUUGAGCUUGAGAUAUAUUUUAUGGUAGUCUUGUCCCAUCUUUUUUUUUUUUUUUUGAAUUAUACACAGUUUCCCCAAAGGCUUCCUAGGCCCAAGAGACUAAUUUGUGUUGCCGGCGAUGCCCAAAUUUUAAUCCUCCGGUGGCCGGAAUUCGAACUCGUGAUGGCGGAUACCUCAGCUGAGGGUCCUUUACCACCUGAAGCAGAGUGGAUUGGAAAACGAUGUUGCUUGGGCUUAGAGCUGGCAUAUAAACCGAACCUGAAAACCCGAAUAUGUAUCGAUAAAAAUGAAUCCGAACCGAUUUGAACCCGAUAUAAAUACCGAAAGGAUCUUGAUUUAUGGUAUUAAAAGAAAUGUUCUUAUUGUUUUUGACAUAUAUAUUGCUAAGAUUUCUCAAAAUUGAAUUAACUAAAUAUCGUUUCCACAAGUUGAUAAAUUUUAACUCAUUUUAUAAUUGAUAUGUGUGAAAGGGAAAAGAAAUAUAUAUUGUAUAUAAAUAAAACUAUGUUGUUAUCUUAAAUAAAUAUGUAAUGUCAUGUAUAACAAUUUAGACCAGCUUAAUUCCCUCUUUCGUUGUUCCAUUUUUCAACUGAAUCGUAAUCUUAUUUGCAAAAGAGGUGAGUAAAGUUAUUACCUUUGUUUAUUUAUUUAGCUAAUAGACGGUCUGGUGCUUUGUUUAUGGUUGUUAGUUUUAAAUUUAAAAAUAGUUUUAUUGUUCACAGUAAAUAUUUAAAUAAUUUUUAACCUUUAUAUUUUUUACUAUAUGUUUCAACUUUUAACUUGUUAUCAACAAUGUUAAAUAAAUUUAAUUAUUAUUUUGAUAUUUCCUACGUAAAAUAUGAAAAACAAUCUUUUAAUAUAUACUUUUAAUGUUAUUUUGUCUUUAAUAUAUAUAUAUAUAUAUAUAUUAAAAUCAAUUAAAUAAUAAUCCAUAGACCUUGAAACUCAAUACUAUGGUGACCUAAAAAGUAAUUCGGUUCAGCGCUCAGAUAGGGUUUUAAAAUAUUGGUUUUUUCCGUUGUAAUAUGUUUUACAAUGUGUUUUCCUGCACCAUGUGCAGUAAAAAAAAUUUUAAAUCUAAUUUAUAUUUACUAAACUUUUUUAUUAAAUAUUAUAGAUUUUACUAUUUUCUUACUAAUAUUUAAUACAGAUUUGAUAUAUAUUAAAUCAAUUUGUAUAAAACUAAAAAAAUGAUAUAAAAUUGUAUAAUUAUCAAAAAUUUAGCCUAAACAAUAUUUAUAAAAUUUGUAGAUAUAUAAGAAACUAAUAAUCUUACGAUUAGAUAUUUAAUUUUUUAAAAAACUGUAGAAAAUUUUUGAAAGCUUUAGUAAUACAAAUUGUAUAAUUAUACAAAAGUAAUAAUAUUUCAAAAUUUGAAAUGCCAUAUAUGAAUAUAUUUAUUUUAUAGAUGAUGUAUGAGCUAUUACCAUAUUUUAAAAAAGUUUA